AAUGUUUAUGAAGAGGCGCGGCUGCUGCUGUAGCAGCAACGGGCGCAGGGAAGUAAAUCACCUAGACAACCGGGACAAGAACUGUUCGCAUCCUGAUUUACUAAACGGAGAAGUUCAUCAAGUGUAUCAGCUACAUCCGUCGUAAUCCGAUAAGAAGCCAGUCUGUGGGUUCAACGAAGGAACCAUGUCCAAAGGACCAGCAGUAGGCAUUGACCUCGGCACUACCUACUCUUGUGUAGGAGUGUUUCAGCAUGGCAAGGUUGAAAUCAUUGCCAAUGACCAGGGAAACAGGACCACGCCCAGUUAUGUAGCCUUUACUGACACCGAGAGGUUGAUUGGAGAUGCAGCCAAGAACCAAGUGGCCCUCAACCCCAGUAACACAGUUUUUGAUGCAAAGCGGCUUAUUGGGCGUCGUUUUGAUGACAGUAUUGUCCAGUCAGACAUGAAACACUGGCCCUUCACAGUCAUUAAUGAUGACUCACGACCCAAGGUGAAGGUGGAGUACAAGGGGGAGUCAAAGACCUUCUACCCAGAGGAGAUCUCCUCCAUGGUGCUGCUAAAGAUGAAGGAGAUUGCUGAGGCAUACCUUGGCAAGGCUGUAACAAACGCUGUGGUGACGGUACCUGCCUACUUCAAUGACUCUCAGCGCCAGGCUACCAAAGAUGCUGGGAUCAUUUCUGGACUUAACGUUCUGCGUAUCAUUAAUGAGCCCACGGCUGCUGCCAUUGCUUAUGGCCUGGACAAAAAGGUUGGAUCUGAGAGAAAUGUUCUCAUCUUUGAUCUGGGUGGUGGCACUUUCGACGUCUCCAUCUUGACCAUCGAGGACGGCAUCUUCGAAGUGAAAGCCACAGCAGGCGACACACACUUGGGCGGCGAGGAUUUUGACAACCGCAUGGUGAACCACUUCAUCGCUGAGUUCAAACGCAAGUACAAGAAGGACAUCAGCGACAACAAGAGGGCGGUGCGCCGCCUGCGCACAGCCUGCGAGCGAGCCAAGCGCACCCUGUCUUCCAGCACCCAGGGCAGCAUUGAGAUUGACUCGCUGUACGAAGGCAUCGAUUUCUACACGUCCAUCACCAGGGCGCGGUUUGAAGAGCUGAACGCAGACCUGUUUCGAGGAACCCUGGAGCCUGUGGAAAAGGCUAUACGAGAUUCCAAGAUGGACAAGGCUCAGAUCCACGACAUCGUCUUGGUGGGAGGGUCAACUCGUAUUCCAAAGAUCCAGAAGCUCCUGCAGGACUUCUUUAAUGGGAGGGAGCUCAAUAAGAGCAUUAACCCUGAUGAGGCAGUGGCCUAUGGUGCAGCUGUCCAGGCAGCCAUCUUGUGCGGUGAUAAAUCUGAGAAUGUGCAGGAUCUGCUGCUGCUGGACGUCACCCCCUUGUCUCUGGGCAUUGAGACUGCUGGCGGAGUCAUGACUGCUCUAAUCAAGAGGAACACUACCAUUCCCACAAAGCAGACCCAGACCUUCACCACUUACUCUGACAACCAGCCUGGCGUGCUCAUUCAGGUGUUUGAGGGGGAAAGGGCCAUGACCAAAGACAACAACCUGCUCGGGAAAUUUGAGCUGACUGGAAUACCCCCAGCUCCUCGAGGGGUCCCUCAGAUUGAGGUUACAUUCGAUAUCGACGCCAACGGCAUCAUGAAUGUCUCUGCAGUCGACAAGAGCACUGGGAAGGAGAACAAAAUCACCAUCACAAAUGACAAAGGCCGCUUGAGUAAAGAGGACAUUGAGCGUAUGGUCCAGGAAGCAGAGAAGUACAGGGCUGAGGAUGAUGUGCAGCGAGAAAAGGUGGCAGCCAAGAAUGGUCUGGAAUCUUGUGCUUUCAACAUGAAGUCGACUGUUGAGGAUGACAAGCUAAAGGACAAGAUCAGUGAGAAGGACAGGAAGAAGAUCUUAGACAAAUGUAACGAGGUCAUCAUCUGGCUCGAUGCAAAUCAGACUGCAGAGAAAGAAGAGUUUGAGCACCAGCAGAAGGAGCUUGAGAAGCUGUGCAACCCAAUUAUGGCCAAACUGUACCAGAGUCCAGGAGGGACGCCUGGAGCUGGUGGUGCUCCCAGAGCAGAAGGAGCUUCCUCUGGCCCCACCAUCGAGGAGGUCGACUAAACUACAGUAGAGACUGGACAGAUGUUUCUUUAUGUUUGAUGUCACCAAUGGCCUUAUUCAAUUUUCCCAGCAUGUUCUGAAGAUUUAACAAAUAACUGCUGUCCUUUUGAAAAUGUUUUUCUUUUUUCAUCCUCUGAUGUAGGUUUUUAAGUUCAACUUGUUGUUACCACAAAGUGGUUGUUGGUCACUCGGAGAUGUUGUUUUAUCUAUUGCACAAGGCCUAAAGGAAAAAGAUUGAAUAAAUUAUUAUUUAACUUUG